UCAGCUGAAGACAGCAGAUCAGUUGAAGACAGCAGAUCAGUUGAAGACAGCAGAUCAGUUGAAGACAGCAGUUCAGUUAAAGACAGCAGCUCAGGUUCGUCUUCUGUCAUAAUGUUUUCUGUCUAAUCUGCAGGGUUUUGUAUUAUUUUUCAGAGUUUUACAGAAUUUUCUCACUAUUAGAUUAGAGCAGAAGAGUCACAGGAGUGAGCAAUGUCAUAAAUGUGAUGUAUUUCUCUCCAGGAUCUUUACUUGACAGAUAUGUGCUUGGAGAGAAGCUGGGAGAGGGACGCCAUGGCACUGUCUAUUUGGCUACACGGAAAUCUGACGGCCAGAAGGUUGCCAUAAAAAUUGUGAUUAAGGAUUAUUAUGGAGAGUUGUACCACGUGGAUGGAUAUUCUACAUAUGUGAUCCCAGAAGCACGUCAUAUGAUGAUCCUCAAGAAACCUCCGCUCUGCCCGUACAUCAUAGAGCUGUACGAGUACGCCAUGGAGGGAAGGAAUAACUACCUGGUCAUGGAGUACGCGUCCUCGUACAUAACCUUGGGAAAGUUCAUCACGGAGAACAAUGGCUGCCUGAGUGAGAGUGUUGCCCGGCAGCUGAUCGUGCAGCUCAUUAUUGCUGCACAGCACUGCAUUGAGCAUGGCAUAUUCCAUGGGUCCAUGAAUCUAGAAAACAUCCUGGUCAAUCCAAAGACCCUGGAGCUGAAGCUGAUUGAUUUUGGCUACAGUUCUUAUGUUUCAAAAGGCUGCUGGAGAUGCCCCACUCUGGGAGUAACGAGAUACCGUAAAAAGGAAGGGGAACCCUUCAGCUAUAUUUUUUCUGCUGUUAAAGCGCAUGUCUGGGCUGUUAGACGAAUGCUGUCAUACAUGGUCAACGGAUAUGGCUGUUUCUCCAGAGAUGGAAGUCCACAAUUUAACCCCAGUUUGUCAGCAGAGUGCCGGGAUCUGUUGGGGCGGUUAUACAGUUUCCACCCUGAAACAGGACCUGUUUUAGAGGAGAUUUUAGAGCACGAGUGGUUCAGCAUGACGUAG